GAAAAAAUAAGUUAAUCGGAGUAAUAUAAUAAACCAGCUCACUUCCUCUGGCAAUCGCAGAAGUGGCGGAAGUACGUCAGUUUGCUAGACUCCGAGCAUUUACACUUCGCAGUGCGAUUUCUGACGAGCAAGAACAGAGAGAAGAGGAGAUGUGAAUCAUCCGCUGUCUCUUUAAAGCCACUUAGCGAAGCUUCACGUAUUCCGACAAACACGCCGACGUCUUUCCCUUCAGCCGCAGCGCGCGCGGGCAGCGUUCAGGAAUGGACGUGUUCAACUUACUCUCUGCUGGAUAACCAACUCUUUUCCUGGUUGGAUAUGAUUUGUUUUUGGUGGAUUGUGUGCUGAAGAAGGAUCUUUGGGGGAUAUAACAGCAUUUUCAGCCUGACGCGGACCGUGUUGUCUCGGAUGGUUUCGUGGCGUCUCUUCACGCUGAAACUUGGCGAUACAAUAAGUUCCUAUCUUUAAAUUGUUUGACAAACACGCGGAUGCCUAUUUGUUUUGUUUCUGGCACAGUGGGUCAUGAAUCGGGUGAAGAUUAAAGCAGGGCCAGCGUCAUGAAUACAGCGCGCGGUCUGCAGUAUCUACACACACUGAUGUUGUUGUAUACCAUUGCAACAAAGUUGCCGUGCGCGUGGAAUUCACGCUACUGUAAUUAAACAGCCAUUUUGCACCUGUUUAAAUGAAGCGAGGCGUUUCGAUACUGUGACGCUGUGGUUUGGAUUAGGCUACACGCCUUAACCUGCAUGGAUCACAUUUGUUUGUUUAUCACAUUACGGAGCUUAACAUCCAAGGUCAUUCUGUAGAUUGUUUACAGGCUUCAGUACUAUACAUGGAUGUGUUGUAUUGAUUGUGUGGAAUCGACUGGUUUUUACGUGAUCAAGUGUCAUUUUUGUCUUUUUUCUUUUUUUACGGGGGGGAGGGGGGAGGACAUCGCACCGUUUUUAAAAUGGAAGGGAAAGUGAAGCAGAGUCGCAGAUCCCGUUCGCAGCGCGAGAGGGGACGGAAACGGGAGGCACGCGCCGGGGAAACCCGCAAUCGAAGCCCCUCGUCUGGUUCCGAACGGGAGCGAAGUCCCGGUAAAAACGCUCCGCCACGCUCGACAUCCUCGAGCAGAACCCCGCGACCCCCCCGGAGGAAGAGACGCGAGUCUAGUUCUCAGGAGGAGGAUAUUAUUGAUGGAUUUGCUAUUGCCAGUUUCGUCAGUUUGGACCGUCUCGAGAAUAAGAAUGUUUCGGCUAAACUGGAAAAGAAGAAAUGGGAGGAUAUUGUAGUUAAACGACAGAAGGAGACCGAGGAGAGCAUGACCCCUGACAUAGAUGAAAAUGGCUUCUGCAAUCUGGCCAGCAGCGUGGGGCGAGACCAGGAGCGGGUGAAAGAUCGUCUGCUGAAGAACACAUACUCCAAGAAGAGCAAACGAUCUCUGAGUCUUCUGAGCCAGGCUGGGAGGAAAAUGGAGGAGACGGAGGUGAAAACAGCACCCAGGAGCAGCUCUAAAGAUCGACUCAGUGAGAGCUCCACUCACUCUCUGUCAGGACGAGGGUACUCGUGUGACAGCGAGAGUGACAUCGAUGACAAGGCAUCUGAUGUAGGAUCAGAGAAGCUUUUCUCGCCUACUGCACCUAAAGUUACGCCAACGAAUGAGAAUCUCGGGUCCAAAACUUCCAGCUCGACCAAAGUGUCUGGCCUUCAGCGUAGCCAGGAACAGAGUAACGACGUUUCGUUUGUCCCGCCGAUCUCAAGUCCGACUCCUGCGUCGCCCCCUACGGGGUCUCCUGCCCCUGCUGCGGCGGCAGCCCCCCCGCCUAGACCGCACCCUAUCUCCCCAAACCCUCUCAGUAUCAAGAAGGAAUCUGCGCCCCAUAUCCCCACCCCUCCCCUCCUGAGGAACCAAUCACAUUCACUGGAGCACAGACUCCCACCCCCGUCACACCACAGCCGGCCAAUCAUCAGUCAUCAUCAUCAUCCUUCGCCUUACAGCAGUCUUCACGACAUCAGCAACAACCCUUCCAAUCUUCCUCCCAAACACCACCUGUCUCACUCCCCUCAUCACCUCCGCGGCCUCCCGUCUCCUGCUCCUCCACUUCCUCUCUCCAUAGCCGGUCUGCCUUCCUCCCACUACUCCCUUCACUCGCCCUCUCACAUCUCCAGCCAUCCGGCCAUGUUCGCCAACCCCGCUACACUGCCUCCUCCGACCAACAGCCUGGUGGUGCCAGGACACCCUGCCGGACCACCCUAUCCAGAGCAUGAUCUUCUGCGGCAGGAGCUGAACAACCGCUUCCUGGUUCAGAGUUCAGAGCGAGGUCGGGGGUCGGCUCCAGGGGCGACAGGGUCGCCGUUGGGCCCUGUGUCGCUCCUCCGGGCUGAGUUUCACCAACAUCAGCAUAUGCACCAGCACCAACACACGCAUCAGCACACCUUCACGCCUUUCCCUGCCAGUCUGCCCCCGGCAGCCAUCAUUGGGCCGCCCACUGCACCUCCAAUGGUGCGUACCCCAGCCAGAAAUUUCGACAAGUACGCCCCAAAGCUGGACAAUCCUUUCUUGAGACAUUCAAAUUUCUUUCCCUCCUACCCGCCAACAAUGCCGGGCAUGCCUCCAUUGCUUCCACAUUCAGGGCCCUUCAGUUCAUUGCAAGGCGCCUUCCAGCCAAAGGCCUCAAACCCUAUUGAUGUUGCAGCAAGACCAGGAACGGUCCCGCACACUCUCCUUCAGAAGGACCCGAGGAUAACAGAUCCUUUUAGGACUUCAGUAAGAAAGCCAGGUAAAUGGUGUGCUGUGCAUGUUCAAAUCGCCUGGCAGAUCUACCAUCAUCAGCAGAAGAUGAAACAGAUGCACUUGGACCCGCAUAAACUGGACAUGAAUGGAAAACUUGAUCUAUUCAGCCGUCCUCCAGCUCCAGGCGUGUUCCCUGGGUUCCCCUACCCUCAUGACCUGGCCAGACCCCUCUUCUCAUCAACAGGAUCGGGACAUCCAGCUGCUUCACCCUAUGGGCCGUCUCCUCACCACGCCGGCUUCCUGCCUCCUAGCCAUUUGGCAGGUAAGUAUCCAUUCAGUCGCUCCAGUACCUUUGGCGGCCUCAGCAACCUUUCAAGCAGUGCCUUCGGUGGAUUAGGCAACCCAACCCUCGGGGCCAACAGUGUUUUUGGACCCAAAGAGGGUCCAGGGCUGCAUGGUCUCAGUAGUCCUCAUCACGACACCUGGAAUCGGCUGCACCGUACUCCGCCCUCCUUCCCGACCCCUCCACAGUGGCCCAAAUCUGCAGAUGCAGAAAGAAGCAGCUCUGCAAACAGCCACGAUAGAGAUAGAGACCGGGAGCGCGAGAAAGAAAAAGAAAGGGAGAGAGAAAAAAGGGACUCUUCUGUUGGGAAAGAAGAGAAAGAAAAGGACAGAGACUCUAUAGAUCGUAAUCGCCAUUCAAACCGCUCAUCUCCAGCUUCCGCUCCAGUCAGCUACCAGAUCAGCAACCUGAUCCGCUCAAAUAGCCAGAACUCGACUGACUCUGGCAGACACCGCAGCGGCAGUGCCGACCGCAACCGAGAGACUGAGAAAGAGCAUUUGGAGCGCCAGCGAGAGGCAGGCAUUUUAGGAGACAUAAAGGUGAAGGAAAGUCGUUCACCAGGGAAGGAGAUCACAGACAGGCGUUCCUCAGAUGACUCUCUUAAAUCCAUUCACCGAUCGCCCUCUCCUUACUCGAAAAAUGUCCUUAACGAUGCAGGAAUCAAAAUGGGUAUCCCACAACCGCUACCGAUUAAAGAAAGUGAGAGGGAUAGAAAGGAAACCAGCUCAGGGGAUCUGCUACACAAGGUGAAGAACGACAUGAAGAUCAAGGAGGAACGCAAGGAAGAGCAGGACGUGAUGGUGAUUGGAAGUGAAGCUGCCACUAAGCCUCAAGUCCCUCCUCCACCUCAUCAAACAACACCAAUAGCUCAUCACCACCCUGUACUAUCCCAUCAGCCUCCUCCGCCAUCUCCUCGCUGUAGUGACCCUCCGACACCGGCCUCGCUUCACGGAGUCCCCAUGCCACACUCACUGCCACUCACUCUUAGUGCCAUGCAUCAAAUGGGAAGUCUGAAUGCGCUUGAACGCACCCGCAUGGCACCUUUUAUGGGAGUCAGCCCUCUUGCAGCAGGUCGAGACCGCCUUCCACAUCCGGCGUUCUCGUGGGAUCCUCUACGAGAGGCUUACCGAAACCUCGACCUUCAGCGGCGCAUGGACUUUCAGCUUCGCUCUGAGCCUGGACACCGGUUCCCUGGCAUCUAUGAUCCAGAACGGGCCUAUCGGGAUCGGGAGGCACAUGACUACUCGCACCACGAACACCUUCUGGAAGUUCGGCGGGAACAGGAGAGACUGAGGCAACAGGCUGAAGAAAGGGAACGGAUGCAUUUACGAGAGGAACUGGAUCGGGCAAGGCUUCACCAACUUCACCAGUCGCCCAUCGAAGGACACUUACCACACAUGCCACCAUUUAUGUCACACCUUGGUGGGAUGCCGUACCCAAGGCUUAGCCCCUCAACAGGACAUAAUGGACUUCUUAACCGGACACCCCCAACUGCAGCACUAAGUGCCCCACCACCUCUGGUACCCUCUGGUGCUGCCAGACCAGCGUCACCAAGACGGACUACGCCAAUCACCACCCAGGACCCUCGGGAGUACUCACCGUCACGCAACCCCAAAGAAGUGGAGGCACGGUAACGUACUAGGAAGGAAAAUGCCGCACUUGAGUUGGACACAGGCAACAUGCACUUAUUUUCACACAAAGUAGGGUAAACGAUAAAUAAAUGUGUAAUUUGUACAAAGAUUUGUACCUUGGAACAAGCACAUCAACCGGCUUUUUUAGUUGAUUGGAGUAGAAGAAAUGAGUAGGUAGCUCCAUCUCUUGGUAGCUCCGAACAUAAGACAUAAACGUGAACUACCAAACAGAAAUUUGAUAUUAAUAUAUUAUUAAUCCAAUGCCUUUUCAGUUUUCAAGUGGAAAGACAUUCUGAAAUUUGUUUGUACAUUUCCUAUCCUUCAUGUACAGACAUUUUUUAUGUAUUUGCAUUAAGUUUCAUUUUUUUCUCUGCCCUGUAUUUAUCCUAGUGAGCUGCAGGAUAUGGAUGUCUACAUAUCUGAAUUGGUAUGAACUCACUGUUUGACAGUUGAUUUGCUCUAUGGUACCUGGAGAUAUUCAGUGCUGACCAUGUACAAAGUUACAUUUCGGAGUUUUUUGUUUUGCUUUUGUUUUUUGAGAUAUGCAGACAAAUAUGCAUUACAAUAUUCUUGUUUGGUUUAUGUAAAAUUUAAAGAUAUUGUAAAUAUCUUGUUGAUAUUACUUGGAACGAAAUGACAUUGUACAUUUGUUAGGCUUUUUAAAUGUUUCUUAAAAAAACAAUGAAAUUAAACUGAACCACUUCCAGGUUGAAAACCAUGGUGACGGAGCUGUCCAAUCAAAUGGGGGUGCGGUCAUGGCAAUGCAAUCUAUGCAAAGAGGAUUAAGAGAGUUCUGAUUGGACGGUUGUCAAAAUGGAGUUCUAAAGUGAGAACCUGGAUACCUGUUAUUCAUUUGUCCAAUUAAGAGCCAAUGAAACAAACAGCUAUAAACCUCCAGGUCAUAAAGGAACUGUUUUAGCAGUCAACACUUCUCCAGCCACAAAACCUGGACAUCUGGGAAACAUAUUGGAAUGGUUGGGGUGGCAAUAGACUCUUUCUGUCGACCUUGUGGUGUUGUGCAGUUGUUUUUCUUAGACUCUUGUAUACAAAACAAGUAGAGCUUUAGGCGUGAAAAAAUGAACAUUCAUGGUUUAAAAAUGUAUGGAAUAAAGGUUGGACCUUAUAUCUGCA